AUGCAUUCUUCUCUUACUGGCGGCGCGGCUCCGAACUUCUUCUCCAUUUUUCUGGCAAUUCUGCAUUCUCGGCUUCACUUAUUUCUGGUCAAUUAUGUCAUCUCAUCUCUUCAAUUCAGGUUGAAAAUCCAGUGUUUCUUCAAUUCAGGUUCUCAGAUUGUUGAAACGGGAGAAAGUUGCAGAAGGUUGAAAAGAUUAGGAGAAUGGAGAAUUCAAGGCGAUGAGGUUGUGAUGAUGCUGCUGCUCUGUGUGCAGUGGAGAGAGUACAAUGACUACAUUUCAGAAACUGGUUGUAGGUUUGUCUGGUUUUGUUUUGGUACGUGCAGACUAGCUCACAUUUUGGACAUGAAGCAUGGUUUGUAUCAAGUCAAGAAAAAUGGAGAGGAUAACAUGAAAGGUUUGGAUGUAGUGUGA